UAUGUGUGCAAUAAUCCUUUUUUAUAGUAAAUGAGAUAUACAUCUGACAAACUGUUAGUGGAACAGCACGACAGAAAAAGGAACUUGCUGCUCUGUGCUUUAGCAACUUCCCCAGUAUGAGCAGUGCAGUAACAAAGCAAGACGAUAGAGCUAUUUAGAUGGUUUGCUGAUAACACGUCUUCAUUUAGCCAUCUUGAACGGAAGAAGUUGAAGUUGUAUAGGAGACUGCCACACAAGUCAGAAUUAAUAGUACUUUGCUGACUGUCGGGAUCAUAGAGAUUGUAACACAUGGCUUCGCAGUAUCUUAUUCUGUUCUUUUUCAUCCUUGAGACUCUGUCAGCAUCCUUUUCUUUUCGGCGAAACCCUGCUUUGGAUGAAAGCUGGAAAGGCUGGAAGUUGUUUCACGGAAGGUUGUACCAAGAAAAUGAAGAAAUAUAUCGGAGGAUGGUAUGGGAGAAGAAUUACCAGAUAAUAGAGCUCCAUAACCAAGAACAUGCUGAAGGGAAGCACACAUAUCGUUUGCGAAUGAACCAUUUUGGUGAUCUAACCAAUGCAGAGUUCAAUAAGCUUAUGAACAGAUUUCGUCCACUGGAAUCAAAGCUGCUAGAUGAUUCUAUACAUGUAUUCAAAGCUUCACCUUCUUUUAAAAGUCCGGAAGAGGUAGACUGGAGACCAAAGGGUUAUGUCACACCUGUGAAAUUCCAGGGCCACUGUGGGUCCUGUUGGUCUUUCAGUGCUACAGGAGCCUUAGAGGGACAACUUUUCAAGAAGACGGGACGUCUGGUUUCACUGAGUGAACAGAAUCUGAUCGACUGCUCCAGACAGCUGGGAAACAAUGGCUGUAGUGGAGGAUAUAUUGUGAGGGGAUUCCAGUAUGUGAAGGCCAAUGGCGGUAUUGAUACAGAGAGCUACUACCCUUAUGCUGAGAGGGAUGAUUUACCUUGCAAGUACAAUGACCAGUACAAAGCUGCUAACUGUACCACAGUCAGCAUGGUGGACCGUGGGAGUGAGAAGGCACUGGAGCAGGCCGUAGCUACUGUUGGACCAGUCUCUGUUGCUGUUGAUGCCAAACUAUCCAGCUUUCAAUUUUACCACUCAGGAAUUUAUUCGGACAUAUUUUGUAGUGGCCUAGUAAACCAUGCCGUGCUUGCUGUGGGUUAUGGAACACUGAAUAAUACAGAUGGUACAAAAACAAACUAUUGGAUCAUUAAAAACAGCUGGGGAGAGCACUGGGGUGAGAAUGGAUAUAUCCGCUUGGUCAAAGACAAGGACAGCCACUGUGGUGUGGCAAAUCAAGCCAGCUUUCCCAGUAUGUAGAUGGCUAUGCUGUGCUGGAAAAUAAUGGCUGCUUCUUUUCUCUAUUUACAUUGCAAAUGUUCAUGCCACUGGUGCUUUGUUUAUUCUAUACAGAUGUUUUAGGAAGAGCAUAAGGCUACUAGAAAAACUACUAUGGACUGUGAACUGAAUGAAGACAGAAUGUAAAAAUGUUGUACCUGUAUUGGUGUGUCACACAAAAAUCAGAGAUUUACAACGUCUUAACAGAUUCUGCCUUCUACAACUCCAGCAUUGAUCCUAAUUUUCUUCAUAUCAUGGUAUACUCUAGUCAGCAUGGAUUAACAGCCUGUUAGAUUUAAUAAGUAUCUCACACCUCCCAAGAUUAACAGACUUUUUUACCUGUUCCCACGUUUCAUUUGCAGUACAGAAUUUUCAAUACCCAUUGCAGACUUCUUGCCAUGUUUACAAAUUUAGCCAUUCCGGAUUUCUUUACUCCAACUGUCUCCAGAAGGUACUUUUUCUUAACUUGUUUAGUGUGGCUUCUUAACUCUUUGCAGUAUGGAAAUUUUAAUAACCAUUGCAGACUUCUGACAUUUUUAAAAACUCCCUCAUUCUGGAUUUCCUUACUCUGUAGCUGUCUCCAGAGGGUACUUUUUCUUAAUAUGUUUAGUGAUAGAAUAGUUUAGGGCUGUUGUUAUUUUAGCAUGUACUCUGCUGGCUAAUGUUUUAUUUCCUCAUAUAAUGUCAGUGUUGUUAUAUUAAUUGCACCAUUUUAAGAUUAAACUUUGUUUUAAGCUA